AAAGUCACGCUGGAUUUGGCCGCGUGUUGCAGCUGAAGUCCUUCACGCGGCAGCCGUUGAGGUCAAGCAGAGGACCGGGUGAAGACACCGGGACCGGAGCCUGCGGAGGAAAACACCGAAAAGCACCGGUGAUAUCUUCCACACCGUCAGUUUGUCACGCUCCAGCCAGAUGGUGAUGAAGACAUGCGAGUUGCCAAGUCAUGGAUAGAUCAUCACAAUGACACAUGAGACCCUCACAAGCUCCCAGCUGUCUGUCAAGGCCGCUGCCCUGCGGAUGGUCGACCUACCGCUGUCCGUGUACAGCUCCCUGGCACAGGUGAGUGUCAGCACAGGCACCAAGAAGUUGGUGGCAGCCACCGCCUUCGGUGCCGUCUCGCUCCUCUUCCUUGCGCGCCGCUUCCAGAGGAGGAAGGGCAAGAAGAAGGCUCUCUCACCUCAGUGGGAGCAGGCUGGCUUCGAGUUUUUCCCCUCAGCAGAGAACGAUAACACCAGCCAAAACAUCACUCUCUCCCUCAACUCCAAGAAUGGCUCUGGUCUGGUUGUCACCACGGGAGACUACAGAAAACUGUCUGGGUCUCUGCUCAGCCUGGCAUCGGUCAAAAGCAUGAACUCAUCCAGCAGCAGCACCUGCGCAAAUGAAUCCACCUGUUGGGACCGAGCCGGCGAAGCUGAUAUCUGCAGUGUGGUCGACUUACCUGUCACCACACCCGAAAACCUGUAUCUAAUGGGUAUGGAUUUAUUUGAGGAGGCUCUAAGGCGGUGGGAGGAAGCGUUGACAUUCAGGAGCAGGCAGGGUGACGACGAUGCCAGCUGCGCGUCCGUCAAAACUGGAGCUGGAGACGCCAUCGCUGAACAGAGCAUGGAGGACGUGAUCAGCGCAGAGUUCAUCCACAGGCUGAAGUCUCUGCUGCAAAGAGCUUACAGCCUCCAGGAGGAGUUUGAGGGAGUGUUGUGCAUGUCAGAUCCCUCGUCCCACAGCAACAGCCAGGAUAAAAUGGCUGAGCUUUUGGCCAGAGAGGAGCUGGACGACGGCUGUUUGAGGGACAGCAUCAGCAUCGCCUCCACCGACUCCUUUGUGUCUGCUGCUGAGCUGUCAGAGCACAGAGAGCUGAGGAGCGUCUUGGCUCUGGGUCAUCACCCGUUCUACGAGGAGGCGCUGCAGAUGGCCGAGGACGGCAAGAUCUCAUGCAGGGUGCUGCGGACUGAGAUGCUGGAGUGUUUUGGGGACGUAGAUUUUCUGGCCAAGUUACACUGUGUGCGGCAGGCAUGUCAGCUCAUUUUGUGCGAGAGAACGACCAGGAUGUUUCUGGCCGACACAGGAAAGAAGAUCCUGUCUUCCAUUAUUGUCAAAGCACAGAAGAGCCCAAAGAGAUUCGAGGAAGAGUUUGAGGAGAUGAUUACCUUCCUGGAGCACACCGAGCACUGGGAAAACACAGAGGUGGAGCUGGCAACACGAGGGGUGAAGCACUUGAACUUCUAUGACAUUGUGCUGGAUUUCAUCCUGAUGGACUCAUUCGAGGACCUGGAGAAUCCACCGAUCUCCAUCCAGAACGUGAUCAACAACCGCUGGCUCAACAGCUCCUUCAAGGAGACGGCGGUGGCGUCUAGCUGUUGGUCAGUGAUGAAGCAGAAGAGACAACACAUGAAGGUGUCUGACGGCUUCAUUGCCCACUUCUACUCUGUGUGUGAACAGAUCAGCCCUGUUCUGGCCUGGGGCUUCCUCGGGCCCAAGAGCUCCCUGCAAGACUUCUGCUGCUUCUUCAAGGAUCAGGUGCUGCACUUCCUAAAGGACAUCUUUGACCUGGACAAAGUGCGCUACUCAACUGUGGAGAGUCUAGCCGAGGACAUGCUCCACCUGCUGCACCGCCGCUCUGAACUGUUGCUGGCCUACCUGGGAGCGGACUCCCUGCGGCACGUCAACAGCUGCAAUCCUCCAGCGGUGCAGCUCGUACCGAGCGCCCUGCUGGAGGCGCAAGUGCAGUGAGACGCGAGUGGAAAAACCUUUUUAUUUUAGGGGUGAGUUCAGGCGCCGUCGGACCAAAGAAAACUCUGUAGGUAGGUCUGAAAUGACUUCACUUUCACCCAUCGCGUGGGGGGCAAAACUGGUUAAACGAAAACGCUCACUCGAGAAUAUUAAACACCAUCUCCCAUCAUGCCUCGUGCUCUCAUCGCUGUGUAUCCGAGGAUCUAUCGACUGUACCAGCUGUCUUGCCUUCACACUUCAUCGUCCCCUCUCCACUGUGCCAUGACGCUGCACGUUAGUUUGGAAACGUCAUAGCAAUAAUGUUUGUAAUUUGAACUUAGUCGAUAUUCCACUGUGUAAAUGAAUGCAUAUUUAUUGCUGUUAAGAAGAUACUGUAUUUUAAGGCAUUUAUUUUACUACACAGCUGACUGAUGCAGGGUUCAAACCGUGUUGUGCAAUAGAGAUUAGAUGCAUUUCCACUUUCCUGUUGAACAUCAGCAAUGCAAAACUAUGCCUAUGAAACUACUAUCUAUGUGUUUCUGUUACGAGCAUGUUGCCCAGAGAAAUACGCAAUAUUUAAAUAAAGCCCAGCACAUGCAGCCUAGAGGCAGCCUCUUAAUCCCGGCAUCGGCCGCAGGAAAUAAAAGAUUACACGUCGCUAUCGAGUAAUCCUGCGGCCGUUAACUCGUGCCAGUCAUGACGGGCGAACGCGCAGGAAGCCUUACUCUGAACACAUACUCAAGCCUUGUUGCUCCUCGCUGGAUGUCAGUCUGAAAAAUACUGUAACAUGCAUUAGUCUGCUCUGCUGAUCGGCCACUGCCGUGUACAGAACAUGCACAACAUUAAAGCUUAGCUCAGUGGAGACACUGCAGGGGUUAAUCCAAACAUACUGUAACGUGUUUUAGGAAUGACUGAUAAGUCUGUUAACUCGUAAAGGACAUGCACAUGUAUACUUUGAAAUCUUUAAUUUCAGUGUAAGUGAUGGAACUAAAUCCUCAGUCCUCUUUGUUAAGGUCCAUGACUGUCUGAGUUGCAAGAAAUGUCAAAACUGAGGAUCCAGGUUCAUAAAUGUGGAUAUUGUGCUUUAACACAGCUUAAAAAAGGUCCAGUGUGUAGAAUUUAGUUUCAUGUAGUGGUGUAAUCACCCUCAACUUCUUAGUGUAAGAGAGAAACACUUGAAAAGCUCUGAUGGAGUCAGUGUUUAGUUUGUCUGUCCUGGGUUACUGUAGAAACACGGUGAAAGAGGCCCAAAGCUGACACACUGCACUUUUUUUAAGGCUGUAAACUGAGCAGGUCUGACAAAACAAGACCGUUUAAACACGUCACAGUGGCUUCUAGUUAAUUUAUUAGCCGAACUGCAACUUCAACCUCAUUAAAUGUUUGUUAAAUGGACUGGGGACGUCUUAAAGGUUUUGUUCUGUCACGUACGCUGGAGUCACGUUAGGAUCUUUUCAGGGCAGAAGUGAUUUAAAUGUACACAUCCAUGGGUGUAUUGUUUUAAGACAUUUUUGGAUUCUGACACAUGGUGUAUGUUUCCCAUCUGUGAGUUCACCUUGUGUAAAUCAAAAUAAAGACUUGAAAUGUGUUCGACAGCCUUGUUUUGUUUUUAGUCAAACUCCAGUGAAUUAGUCCAGUUUAUUUGUUACAACUUUAUUAAUGAACAUGGCAACAUUUCAAAAGUCAGAACAGUUGAUUCAAAAAACAAACAAUAAAUUUGAUAAUGUACACAGCACAUGAAACCUUUUUAUUUAAUUUUUUUACCUCUAAGGCAUGCUCUCCUUGUUUUGUCUUCUACACCCCCACGAACUCUGUGUUGAAACACUGAGCAUCUCACAUGUACAGAGUGAACAGCCUCAAAACAAACAAUGCGGGACAAUUUAAAACUACAGAGAAAUGUUUUAAAAACUGAUAACCCCAAAAAUGUACUGCCAAUUAAAGUGCACAUGUAAUUGAAAUUAAGUUAGCUCCUGUCCUCAUCCAACUUUCUAAAGCACAUUCCUACAGACACUACAGAUUAUUGAUGAAACCAGACAACUCUAAAUACACUAUGGCAUCAUGGUUAUUAAAAAAGACAGUAUCUGACCAACACUUCAAAUCACAGAAUUUCAAUUUCAUUGCGUUGCUGUUUUUUUUUGUUUUUUACCUUAUCACUGGAGCUCUUGAACGGUCUACGUUCAUCAGUGGGAUUGACUCAAAGGAUUCCUCCUUUUGGGGACAAACUACGACACGGCCUGAUUCUAUGACCUAAGCUUGCAGCGUCCUCCAACACUGUGAGCGAGAAGUGAAGGCAGCAGCGUUUCAAUAGGAGAUUUGCACUGCACUUGAGGGCAGAUUCACACCACGACAGAGAAAUAUAAAAAAAUAAAAA